UGUAGUGGGCUUUUCCCUAGUUGCCUGUUUAAUGCUGGGUCAUAAAAAGGCAAUAUAAAAAGUUGUUGAAAAACUUUUACUACAUUGAAUUUGAUGGGAAGGCCGAGGCGGAGGCGGAGGAAGGGGUUUUGCUGCCAUUUUGUUGCAUGCCGCGUAAUUAAUUAACUUUAGCAGAAAAGGAGUUAAGAUGAGUUCAAUAGAUAAACUUUACAUGCAGUUUUAUCUAUUUCUCUCUACCCGAGACCACUACUGAAUAACGACAACUAACGACACCGGAAGAACCUUCUGCUUUUGUCUGUCUUCCCUUAUUUUUUUCUUUGAGAGCUUCCGGUCGCUGAUGCUCAACAACUUUUCACGAAAGCUACGCACUGAAGUUUGCCAUGGAAUGGCAAUUUUCAAUCCACUCCAUAUGCGGGUGGCAAAAGGGUAGAAAGUCCUGGGUCUGAGCCUGGGCCAUGCACCUUGCAUUUUAAGUUGUGGCUGCUCUAUGUCCUGGAGCAUACGCUUGAUUUCCUAACUAAGCACGCAAAUGAAGCGUGUGCGCACCAAGGAUGCGCCAGGACUACCUAUCAUAGUGUGUGUGUGACUCUGUCUCUGACAAAGUGGACCCCAACGAGGACACAGAGAACCGUGGCGCGUGCAGGCAACCACAGAAGCAAAGAUUCCAAGAGAUGAAGACAGAGCCAUGAGAUCAACCCGUGCCUAAUCGUUGAAAUUAUGCAAUUGAAAAGCAUCGUAGCAGCGUCUAAGAUACAUUGGUAAACGAUUCGUUGAACACGAGAUGAAAUAUAUGUCAACUGGCAGUUAAGCAGCGAUAGAGGGAGAGACAAGAGAGAGGGAGAGUAAAACCUCUAUACAAACCUAAUUUAAGCAGGACUAAACCAACACACACACACACACAUACAAACACUUCCACUCCACUGGAGAGGUUUGAUUUAAGUCCAAACCAAAAACCACUAUGUAAUCUCAUGUGUUAUGCCCAAAACACACACAGACACAUACACACACACACACCUGACAAUCUGGCAGCUGUCGCCGAACUUUAUUAGAACAUCUUGACAGCGACAGCGACGGCAACGGCGAUAACUAGCGACAGCCUGUGGUCGAGCCAAAAACGUGUUGAGGCAAUUAGCAGGCAGAUCGCAGAAGCUACUUCAAUUUGCCGCCUCACCUCUAUAUAUACGGGCCAUGACCAACCAAAAUCAGUCGUCAAUCGGUCGGUGUUAGUUUAGUAUAUUUCGUAGUUUUGUUUUUGGUUAUAUUGUGGGGCAACCAACCAAGUGGCAAUGGCAUCUACCAAAUAUGACAGCUGUGAAAAGAUUUGGUCCGGUCCAAAGGAUAAGGAAUACUAUGGACCCGACAUGACACUGGGCGAGGUGGCCCUACUCAUUCUCCGCCUGCAUUCGGAUAAGGUGAUGCAGGUGUUUGACCCAACGGGCGAAAGUCUUACGGGCGGACAAUUGCUAGAGCAAAGUCGACGAUUGGCCAAUGCCUUUUCGAGCCUAAAGCUCCAUCGGGGCGAUGUGGUGGGUAUUUCGGCCACAAACACAAGUUAUCUAACCGAAGUGGUUAUAGCCGCUUUGUUGAAUGGAACACCUAUAAAUCCAUUGCAUCCAGAAUUCGAGAGUGAAACCGUUGCCUACAUGUACGAAAUAACCAAACCAAAGGUGAUUUUCUGUGAUUUGGCCAAUUUUGAGAUCUUGAGUAAUGUGAAAAACAGUCUCAAAUUCAAGACGGAACUAAUUCUUUUGAAUGGAACUUUGCCUGGCGUCCGAAAUGUUCAGGAUUUGCUUGAAUUGGGAUCCAUUGACUAUGACGAGAAAACCCUCUUUGCCUGCCCCCAUUUGAGUGGUGACGACACUGCCUUCAUUAUUACCUCCUCCGGUGUAACCGGUUUGCCCAAAGGUGUCACACGAUCUCAUCGCAGUCUUUUGAACAACACCAAAAUUCCCCAGUUGUUCACCACAGAGUCAGUGCUGUUUUGCUUUAGUCCUUUGUACUGGAUCAGCUGCAUUUUCACUUUGCUGGCGUCACUUGUAAAUGGUUGCAAGCGUGUAAUUACCAAUCGUCCGUUUAGUGUUCAAUAUUUUGUUAAACUAGUCGAAAGACAUCAAGUUUCAUUUGUCCUCACCGUGCCCCAUCAUAUGGCCUUGCUGGCCAAGUCGACGGAGAAGAAGGAGCUGGCACUACGACUUCAUUCCGUCAAGUCGUUUGUCUGCAGUGGGUCAAAAGUGCCCCUUAAUAUCUGGAAACAAUUGUAUGAUCUAUUGGGAGCAGAUCGUUUUGCCGUUUUGUAUGGUCUCACCGAGGUGGGUGGUAUAAGUAAAAACAUUGGGGGACCUCUCGGAAGUGAGGGUAAGCUAUUAAGGAACAUUCAAGUGUGUAUCGUGGAUGAUCAGGGACAGCGCUUGGGACCUAAUAAAACGGGUCACAUUUAUGUCCACAUUAAUCAACGUUGGGGCGGGUACUAUCGCAAUCCUCAGGACACUCAGACGGCUCUAACCUCUGAUGGACAUUGGCUGCUGACUGGCGAUCACGGAUACUUUGAUGAAGAGGGCUGUAUUCACUUUCAGACUCGUGACACGGAUGUAUUUAAGUUCAAUCACUUUCCCAUUUAUCCAAAACAACUCGAAGAUGUGAUCCUCCAUUUGCCUGGAGUCCACGAAGUGGCUGUUUUUGGAGUACCCGAUGAUAUUUCGACAAAUCUUACAGCCUGUGCUGUUGUACGUGAGUCGAAUGAAGUGGGUCAACAAUUGACGACCCAAGAUGUCAAGGCAAUCGUGGAGGAUCAUCUCAGUGAGGCCUAUCAUAUACGGGGCGGAGUAUUUUUCGUUGAUUCACUACCAAAAACUACAAACAACAAAGUAUUACGUCGAAACAUCUAUGAAAAUUUGAAAGAGGGUAUCACACAUUUAUAGGUCGUGCAAUAAAUAAUAAGAAAGGAAAA